CUUUCCUCCCCUUCUUGUGUUCCUUAGAGUUCUUUUCCAUUUAUAUUAUAAAAGGCUUUGGUGUCUCAUUCUUCUCCCAUUUCCUCACUUUCUCUUCUCUUUUCUUUAAUGUUUCACUCUCUGUUUCAACCAUUCCAAAAAUUAUUGUGGAUCUCAUCUUGUUGAAAGCUUUUCACCUUGCUUGCUUUUCCUGCAUUUAGUAUCCAUACAGACACUUAUAAGAUAUCUCUAUCUUACAAGCUUGAAACCAAGUGCCGAUGGGUGUCGUUCGGACUCCGAGUAUGAGAAAUGGAGACUACUUAGAAGGGAUAAUCAAUGAAUAUGUUACUGGGAAAUCUAGUAAGGUGAGGACUGGUAAGAGCUCGCCUUCGCGCAUUGUCGCAGCUCUUACCUGCCUUCAAUUCACCUUUGCAAUAUAUGCCACCUUCCUUCUAUACUACAUGAGUCCAAGUGUGGACUUAAGAACCAAACCAGAUUUCUCAUGGGCAACUAGGAUUGCUCAACACUGGAAACACUUCAUCACACAGCCACACAUGCUCUCGACUUUUGAUGGAAAUCCUCUGCCACAAUUUCCUGCUGAGGUAUGUGAGCAUGAACAGAUUGAUUUCUUGCAGAAAAAAUCAAAUGAUGCAGUCAUGAUCAAGCUCAAAAGGGAACUCUACGAUGAAGUGUUGGAGUUUCAGAAGAGAACUUCAGGUACCGAAACACUUGAAGAGCUUAUGAAGAUGAAGUCUAAGUGGAAUGCUAAAGGUCCUGAUGUGCCAAAGAUCACUGUGAUAUUAAACCAUUUCAAGAGGAGAACACUUUGCGCGCAACUUGACUCAUUGCUCAAUCAAACAUUGCCUUUCCAUCAUGUUUGGGUGCUGUCAUUUGGCAGCCCAAAUGAGCUCUCACUGAGAAGGAUCGUCGAGAGUUAUAACAGCUCGAAGAUUAGCUUCAUCAGUUCGAGCUAUGAUUUCAAGUAUUAUGGAAGGUUUCAGAUGGCUCUGCAGACUGAAUCAGAUUUCAUUUACAUUCUUGAUGAUGAUAUGAUUCCUGGUAAGAAAAUGCUUGAGAUUCUGUCUCACGUAGGUGGCACCGACAAGUACAAGAAUUCUGUAUUGGGUAGCAUUGGAAGAAUAUUGCCUUUCAGGCAAAAGGAUUUUACUUUUCCAAGUUACCGAAAAUUUCGGUCCAAGGAAGCAGGUUUAUACUUGCCAGAUCCUGCCUAUGAUAUCACUGUUGAUGCAAUUGUUCAGGUUGAUUUUUUAUCAAGCUCAUGGUUCCUCUCUGCUGAUCUCGUCAAGACUCUGUUUGUAGAGACUCCCUUCACUUUCAUGACUGGUGAAGAUUUGCAUCUAAGCUACCAGCUUCAGAAAUACAGGAAUGCUGGUUCAUAUGUGUUGCCUGUUGAUCCUAAUGACAAGGAAACAUGGGGAGAUAGCGAGCACCGUCUUGCUUAUGUCUCCGAAACCACUGUAAUUUUCAAGGAUAUAGUUCAAGUUCGAGACGAUCAAUGGUGGCGUGCACUCUCGACCGGCUACAUUACUCAAUGGGCAGCAAUGUAUCCUCAGAAAAUUGAUGCACUGUUUUAUGCUCAUUCCAUCAGUGAAGUAAAGGCUCUAGCUCCUCUUCUUGAGAAAUUCCGCACAACUGUGGGUAAGAAGGUCUACAUCGUUGUCUCCGGCGGCGGCUUUUGCCCUUGUGAAGAGGCUGCAGCUGCUCUCAAGUGGCCUAAGACUGUAUGCAAGGAAAGAAGGUUCAAAAUAUUUGAUUUAGAGAUUGGAGCCAUUUCAGGAGCCUCAAACUCUGAGGUUCCAAUUCUGCAAGCAGUGUAUUCAAGCAUGAAAGGCCUUGUCAAAAUACACAACCCAAGUUUACUGAUCACAGUUGCUGAUAUUGAUGUCAAUGUUAAAAAUGCUCUGAAAAUGGCUGCUCAAACAAGUGUCAACAACACUGAAUUGGUACUCCUGCCCAGGUCUGCUGUUCCAAAGGUCCUCUGGAUGGCUGAUUUGCGCCCAACCGCAUUACCAAAUUGGAACAGGAUGCAAAUAUCAGUAAACAUCAUCACCCAAAACCGUGCCGUAUCGCUGCAGAGAUUACUUAGAUCCCUGCAGAAUGCAUUCUAUGUCGGAGACCAAGUUCCGUUGAGCUUCAACAUGGACAGCAAGGUGGAUGAGGAGACUCUUAAAGUAGUGAGCAACUUCCAAUGGCCUCAUGGACCGAAAACCAUUCGUCGAAGAAUCAUACAAGGAGGGCUGAUCAGAGCUGUGAGUGAGAGCUGGUAUCCAUCCUCAGAUGAUGACUAUGGCCUCCUCUUAGAAGAUGACAUUGAAGUGUCUCCUUAUUACUACCUAUGGAUCAAGUAUGCACUCUUGGCUUAUCACUAUGAUCCUCAAGUGUCACUCCCUGAGCUUUCCUCCAUCUCUCUGUACACCCCAAGGCUUGUUGAGGUUGUGAAAGAGAGGCCUAAAUGGAAUGCAACUGACUUCUUUAAAAGAAUACACCCAAACACACCAUACCUGCACCAACUCCCAUGCAGCUGGGGAGCUGUGUUUUUCCCUAAACACUGGAGAGAGUUCUAUGCAUACAUGAACAUGAGGUUCACUGAAGAUGCCAAGCAAAACCCAGUUCAGAUACCAAAGUCCAGGACCAAUGGAUGGCAAGCUUCAUGGAAAAAGUUCCUAAUUGACAUGAUGUACCUGAGAGGGUAUGUCAGUUUGUACCCAAACUUUCCAAACCAAAUGAGCUUCUCCACAAACCACAUGGAACCUGGAGCUCACAUCAGUGCAAAAGACAAUGUGCUGAAGCACAACAAGGCUGAUUUUGAAGUGCCAUUGAUGAAGGAUGAUUUCACAAGGUUCUUGCCAGCCGGGAAGAUGCCGCCGGCGUCGAAGCUGCCGGCAUUGAACCUGUUUAACCAGGCCUUGUCACUGAAGGGACUUAAGUCUGCUGGGGCGAAGCUUGUGCAGGAUGUCCUCAGCUGUGGUGACACAGAGCUAGUGGUUGUUGAUCAUGUCACUGGUCUGCCUAAGAAUUGCACCAAGUUCUGAACCAUAUAUGCAUGCAUCAUGGUCUGUCUACGAUUGCUUUCAUAAAUUAUGACGUCUCUGUUACUCUCUCAUACUUCAAUCAUAUUAUUGCUUUCGAUAUAAAUGAAUUGUAUUUACAGU